AUGGAAGCCAUACUCCUCUUUCUUCUCACCUUCCUUUCUCUCUCCUCCACUUCUCUUGCAUCCUCAAGUAGUCUAUUAAGAGCUGCAGAUAUCCUCUCCGAUUCUGGUUACCUAUCAAUGGCUUUAACCCUUCGAAUCACAAUCAAGCACCUGCAUCUUGAAUCAUCAGCAACAACAGUGUUCGCUCCUUCUGAUCCCGCUUUCGCCAAAUCCGGCCAACCUUCGCUUGUUGAACUCCAGUACCACAUCUUGCCAAUCACAUUCUCCAGAGAAAACUUCACCGCUCUUUCUUUUGGGUCAAGAAUACCCACUUUGUGCUCAAAUCGGUCCUUGAUUGUCACUGCUAGUUCAGAUUACAGUGACGAAUUUUCAAUCAAUGGGGUUUCGCUUCAAGGGUCUUUGUUGUUUGAUGAUGAAAGGGUUGUUAUAUAUGGAAUUGAUGAUUUCUUUAACUCCUCCUAUGAGAUUCCUCCUCGUUUGGUACCACAAGAGGGUUUUAAUGGUUCAAUUGAGUCUGUCGAUCAAUUUGGGAAUGCUUCAGGGUUGUUGAUUUCGAAGGGGUAUUCGAUAAUGGCAGCGCUUCUGAAUGUGCAGUUGUUCACAAAUCAAACAAGGUUGACAAUCUUUGCACCAGUUGAUGAAGCAAUGGAAGCAAAUGCAAGGGAUAUCAGUGAUUAUUCAGUGGUGUUUAGGCAACAUGUUGUUCCAAGAUUUCUUCCUUGGCAAGAUAUGGGCAAGAUAGAAGAUGGAACAAUAUUGUCAACAUUUUCAGAUGGGUUUUGGAUAACUGUGACUAGAUCUGGAGAUGUGCUUGUGCUUAAUGGUAUUCCAGUGAUCUGUCCAGACAUGUAUUACAGUGAUUGGCUUGUUGCUCAUGGCAUUAAUCAGUUGCUUCCAUCUCUGGAAAAGCAAGUGUUGAUUGGCGAUUCUUUCUCAGAACUUGAGGGAGAAGAAGUACAGAAUCAACAUGAUUAUACUGAGUAUGAAGUGCCUUAA